GAAGUCGGUGAGUUCAGCAUCUGGUUGGACGCAGAUUUCCCAGCCUACGUGCAGACAGACAUGAUCAUUCUCUGCUGAAGAAAGGGGGACGUUUCCUGACCCAUUCAAAACAAGAGCAGCGACCUGCUGGAGCCGGUGGAGGUGAUGGUGCUCCUGAGAAGCUUGGUUGUGGCCUGUCUGAUCCCUUUCCUGGUGGAGGCUCAGUAUGAGAAGUACAGCUUCAAAAGUUUCCCUCAGAAGGAGAUCAUGCCUCUGGACUCUGCGUACAACUACGCGCUGGAUCAGUACGCGGCGCAGAACUGGGAGGAGAGCAUCAAGUACAUGGAGCUCAGCCUGAGGCUCCACCGGCUGCUCCGGGACAGCGAGGCUUUCUGUAGCCGCAACUGCAGCUCGGUGAGCCGGGACAACGAUAGUCUGUCUGCGGACAGCACCCUACGCGUCGUGCGCCACAUCCUGCUGAGGGCUGCAUGCCUUAAAAAGUGUAAGGCAGAUUUUCCAGUGUUUCAGCUCACAUAUCCACGCAGGGAUUUACUGGAAAACUUCGAGAAAAGGACGCCGUAUCGGUAUAUACAGUAUGCGCACUACCAGCUCAACAACCUCGAGAAGGCCGUCGCAGCAGCCCACACCUUCCUGAAGAAGAACCCCACAGACCCCCAAUUAACAAAGAACAUGAACUACUACAAGACAAUGUUCGAUGUGGACGAAUAUCUCAUCGACCACGAGGAGCAGCCGUAUGAAAGUGUUUUCCUUAAGAGUGUGACGCUUUACAACAGCGGGGACUUCAGCAGCAGCGCCCGAAACAUGGAGCAAGCCAUCACGCAGUACUUUGAAAUCUACACUAUGUGCUUGGCGGCCUGCGAGACUUCGUAUGAGAUCUUAGAGUUCAAAGACUUCUAUCCCACGCUGGCAGAUCUCUACACUGAUGUGCUCAAAUGUAAAGUCAACUGUGAACAGAACCUGACACCCAGCGUUGGAGGCUUCUUUGUGGAGAAGUUUGCAGCCACCAUGUAUCACUACCUGCAGUUUUCUUAUUAUAAAUUGAACGAUGUGAAGAACGCUGCUCCGUGUGCAGCCAGUUACAUGCUCUUUGACAGUAAAGACCAGGUGAUGCAGCAGAAUGUAGUAUACUAUCGCUUCUACAGGGAGCAGUGGGGACUGGAGGACAACGACUUCGAGCCUCGGCCCGAGGCGCUGAAGUAUUUUAAUGAGACGACCAAACAGAAGGAGAUGCUGGAGUUUGCACUUAACUACCUUCAAACAGACGAUGAGGACUUGGUGAGCCCAGAAGAAAUGGCCACCUCUCAUCAGCAUCCCGACACAGAGUUUGAGGGAAUGGGAGACUACGAGGAGUCCUUCCUGGCUGAGUGGUGGCAAGAACCCAAAACUAAGUGGGACACUGGAGAAGUGUCAGACUGACAUCUGUCCAUCGGUCCAGUGCAGACAAACGACUAAAUCCCCAAAAAUAUUUAGGAGAAAAAAAGCACAGCUCACUCAUCUGUGUCGAUCCCCCCUUACUGGAAAACCGGUCCAAGGAACAAGUCUUCCAUCAUGUUGAUCAGACCAGAGAUUGACAUAUUCCACCUUGGCUGUCGUCAGCCUUUAAAACUCUUAUUUCAUAGUAAGACAUUGGACUGUAUGACGACACUUUUUACUGACUUUUCUAGUUUUUUAUUUAAUGAAAGCUGAGUGUCUCUGGGUGAGGAAGGUGACGUAGCUUUUCUUGCGUUAAACGAUUUGUCAACAAUCUACUGGGUUGUUGUUGUUGUUGUUGUUUUAAUUAACGGAUUAUAAUUAAAGUUGUUUUUUAAGAUAA